GCCCCCCCCCCCCGCAACACCUUGACUCAAGGGGAAAGGCCCCCAGCCACCGCACGCCCCGGCGUCAUGCCUCAGUUUGGAAGCUCAGGGAAGGGGAGAAGGGGAGGGCGGCGGGCAGUGACGAGGCCGGACGGAACGGAACGCGGGCGCGGGACACAGGUGUCGAGACCCUGCCGCUUCCCCCUUCAGGGCCCGGCCUGGCCUUCAUCGCCUACCCCCGGGCCGUCACGCUGAUGCCUGUGGCCCCCCUCUGGGCUGCCCUGUUUUUCUUCAUGCUGUUGCUGCUCGGCCUGGACAGCCAGUUUGUAGGUGUGGAAGGCUUCAUCACCGGUCUGCUCGACCUCCUCCCGGCCUCCUACUACUUCCGUUUCCAAAGGGAGAUCUCCGUGGCCCUCUGCUGCGCCCUCUGCUUUGUCAUCGACCUCUCCAUGGUGACUGAUGGCGGGAUGUACGUCUUCCAACUGUUUGACUACUACUCGGCCAGCGGCACGACCCUGCUGUGGCAGGCCUUCUGGGAGUGCGUGGUGGUCGCCUGGGUGUACGGAGCCGACCGCUUCAUGGACGACGUCGCCUGCAUGAUCGGGUACCGCCCUUGCCCCUGGAUGAAAUGGUGCUGGUCCUUCUUCACCCCGCUGGUCUGCAUGGGCAUCUUUAUCUUCAACGUGGUGUACUACAAGCCGCUCGUCUACAACAACACCUACGGGUACCCGUGGUGGGGCGAGGCCAUGGGCUGGGGCUUCGCGCUCUCCUCCAUGCUGUGUGUGCCCCUCCACCUCCUGGGCUGCCUCCUCAGGGCCAAGGGGACCGUGGCUGAGGUCAGUCCCCUGCAC